AUGCAACAACCUACUUCAUCUUCUACAAUACCAGAUAACAAUAUUCAUCCUAUGGUACCUCAAGAUAUAGAAGAUGACGAUGAUUUAGGUGAAGAAGACUCUGAUGAUGGUAAGAAACCUGGAAAACGUUCUGGUAGAAGAAAGAUCAAGAUUGAAUAUAUUAAUGACAAGACACGCCGGCAUAUUACCUUUUCAAAAAGAAAAGCUGGUAUUAUGAAAAAGGCCUAUGAACUUAGUACUCUUACUGGAACACAGGUAUUAUUAUUAGUAGUCAGUGAAACUGGUUUAGUGUAUACUUUUACAACUCCAAAGUUACAGCCAUUGGUGACCAAACCUGAAGGAAAGAAUCUGAUCCAAACUUGUUUGAAUGCUCCUGAUUCUACUGAUGAUCAACAAGAAACUUACAAUGAAUAG